GAAAAAAGAAAAAAUUACUUCACGUCUCUACUGUACAAAGCUUUGCCAUUUUGUGUCCAAUUUCAAUGAACAGACUUCGCCAUUGAUCAUUCGACUUGCUUCUUCAAUAAUCAUGCCUUUCUUUCGUUCAAUUUUCUCCAAAUUCAAGUCUCCUUCGAAAUCCCUUUCUUCUUCUACAUCCUCUUGUUCAUUAUAUUACCUACGCGCCAAUGCUUCAACUUCGAAAUCACUCUCUCUUCUAUCUGAAUUCACUCGGAAACAAUCGAAUGAGACAGACCCCACAAAUUCUGCAUCUGGGUAUUCAUCACAUUGUCGUCGGCAUCGGUAUUCCAGCUUUCCCGGGUGCCAUGGUAAAUCUAAAACCUUAUUUUCAACUGGGGAUUGGCUGAAAUGUUGUAAUAUAAGAGGUUACAGAAGAAACACAGGUCGGAGUUACGUGGGUAUGUUGAGGAGAUUCAGCAGUGAGCCGGAACGAGAGUCUAUAGAAUAUGAUGUCGUUGUGGUUGGAGCAGGACCUGCAGGGCUAUCUGCGGCGAUCCGGUUGAAGCAGAUGUGCCGGGAGAAGGGUGCUGAUUUAUCGGUUUGUGUGGUGGAGAAAGGCGCUGAAGUUGGCGCUCACAUCCUAUCUGGAAAUGUUUUUGAACCCCGAGCAUUGGAUGAACUAAUCCCCACAUGGAAGGAGGAUGAGGCACCAAUCAGUGUUCCAGUAACUUCUGAUAAUUUUUGGUUUCUAACAAAAAAUCGUGCCAUUUCACUUCCUUGCCCCUUUAAUAAUGAAGGAAACUAUGUGAUAAGUUUAAGUCAGUUGGUUCGUUGGAUGGGAAUGAAAGCUGAAGAGUUGGGAGUAGAAGUAUAUCCAGGCUUUGCUGCGAGUGAAGUAUUAUAUGAUACAGCAGAUACAGUUGUUGGUAUUAGAACUAAUGACAUGGGAGUAGCAAAAGAUGGUUCAAAGAAGGAGAAUUUUCAACUUGGUGUGGAAUUGAAAGGGCGCAUAAUGCUUCUGGCUGAGGGGUGUCGAGGAUCAUUAUCAGAGAAAAUAAUGAAGAAAUACAGCUUGAGGGAGAAAGUAAACGCUCAGCAUCAGACUUAUGCUUUGGGAAUUAAAGAGGUGUGGGAAAUAAAUGAGGACAAGCAUAAUCCAGGAGCUGUGCUUCAUACUUUGGGUUGGCCUUUGAAUCAAAAGACAUAUGGGGGCUCAUUUCUGUACCACAUGAAGGACAGGCAGAUCUCUAUUGGCCUCGUAGUUGCUUUAAAUUAUCAGAAUCCUUUCUUGAAUCCUUAUGAAGAAUUUCAGAAAUUGAAACAUCAUCCUGCCAUCAAAGAACUUCUAGAAGGUGGGACAGUUGUCCAAUAUGGUGCUCGCACGUUAAAUGAAGGCGGUCUUCAGUCUGUUCCAUAUCCAGUUUUUCCGGGAGGUGCAAUUAUUGGAUGUUCAGCUGGCUUUUUAAAUGUACCAAAGAUCAAGGGAACACACACCGCAAUGAAGUCAGGAAUGCUGGCAGCUGAGGCUGCAUUUGGCACCCUUCAUGAAGGCUUGAAAAUGGAAGCAUAUUGGGAUAGUUUGAAAGAUUCAUGGAUAUGGGAAGAACUAUAUCGAGCUCGGAACUAUAGACCUGCAUUUGAGCAUGGUCUUAUUCCAGGAUUGACCAUAAGUGCCCUGGAGCACUAUGUACUUAAAGGAAGGUCUCCUCUGACACUAAAGCAUGGAAAACCUGACCAUGAAGCUACAGAUGUUGCAAGUUUACAUACUCCAAUUAAUUAUCCAAAGCAUGAUAGUCUUCUGUCAUUUGAUGUGCCGACCUCACUACACAGGAGCAACACAAAUCACGAACAUGACCAGCCAGCCCACCUUCGCUUAAGGGACCCUAAGAUUCCAGAGGAAGUAAAUUUUCCAGGAUAUGCUGCACCCGAAUCAAGAUAUUGUCCUGCACGUGUAUACGAGUACAUACCUGAUGAAAACAACCAGAUGAAGUUGCAAAUUAAUGCUCAAAAUUGUCUUCAUUGCAAGGCUUGCGAUAUUAAAGAUCCAAAGCAAAACAUAGAGUGGAGCGUCCCAGAAGGCGGUGGCGGUCCAGGCUACUCCGUCAUGUAAAUGUGUAUAGAAUUAUGCAGGAUUAUAUGAGAAUAAAUGAGAUCCUGCUUGCUUGGAAACUAUUGAGGCCAAUCUGCUCAAAGGGUUUCAUCCUUACUAAUAAAGCAAACGGUCGAUUGAUGUUAUUGCAUAAACAAGAUCAUCUUUAAUUUAAUUAGCCAUCAUGGCCUGUUUUCCUUAUGCAUAUUAACAUAAUCUUAUCCUCGUCCAAGAAUGUUAGAUUUAGUGUCAUCUCGAAUUCAAAUAAUAAUUUCAAAGUUC